AUGAAACAGGUAGUAUCAAAAGACAGCACAACAAUGGUGAUAUCCUCACCGGAAGAGAACCUGAAGAAGUUACAAGCCUGGGAAUUAACGGUGGAGCCCGCCGAACAAAAUAUACCGCAAACAGACCGGAUUGGAAAAAGGCCCAGAAGAAACACUAAACCAGUUGACUCACUGGUUCACAG